AUGGGUAGUAAGUUUGCUCCUCACGAUGGCACCAAGUUGUCCAUAGGGAUGAUCUACGACCGAGCCCAGUUCGGCAUGAAGAUGGUUGAUGUCUCUAACGUGGCUCGAGCCAUGAGAUUCACGCAGACCUUGCACAGUCUCGCAUUACCGCAUAACCUCAUUGACGAUCAGCUCGCUAAGGUCCUUGCUGUGGGCCUGCGAUCUUGUCAUGUUCUCACUGAUUUGGAUCUAUCUCAUAAUAAAAUCAGCGACAAAGGCGCCCGAAAAAUCGCUACAUUAUUGUCACCUGCAGAAGAGGUUAGAUUGAGUAAACUCUUUCUUGAGGAUAAUGAUAUCCACGCGAAUGGUGUGAUGCAUAUCGGCCGUUACUUGGCUGAGAACGACAGUCUACAGAAGCUCUCAUUGAGACUUAACCGCAGCGAAGACAAUGGUGCUUCACAUUUGCUACACAGUUUGGUAGCCAACUCCACCCUACUCGAACUGGACCUAUCCAGCAACGACAUCACGAGUCGCACUAUACCUUACCUCACCUCUUGCCUCGCCGAGAAUAACACUUUGGGUGUGAUCGAUCUCUCGGGCAACCCGUUGUACACGGACCCUGAGGAACCGACGAUGGCAAAAUCGGGUGAAAUUGGGAUGAAGGCUAUCGACGGGUUCCUGCGGAAUCGCCCGUUGAAAGAUAAGGGGAAGAUUAUCAAGAUGAAACCCGUAUACAUCAAAGCAGAAGGAUUCGAGGACCUCCAAAUUGAGGACCAAAGUUUGAUAGGAGUCUUCCUCAAAUGCCUCGUGGAGAGAAACUCCGGCCUUAAAUGCUUACGCCUCCGCUCCUGCAAGUUUCCGGUUGUAUUGGAAGAGCGAAUUACGAGGUUCGUUAGGAGACGAGAUCUGAUCACACGUGGCUUGAAUGUGGACGCGUAUGAAGCGGCGGAACUUGUGAAGUACCUCGCGUGA